AUCCCCGUUGAUGGCUUGGAUAAUAUAUCUGAGGCAAUGAAAAGAAUAGUCGCGACAGUAGCAGAAUUCGUCGAAGCAUCAGGUUUGCUGAGCCAGCGUUCGCUGUUUGGUCUUAGCUGGACCGGCGCUGUGCAAAUUUUCAGCGUUCAAUGGCAAUUGAUAGGUUUGCCGCCGUUUGAUGAGUUCUCACGAACUGGAGUGUGGAAGAUGCUGACUGUGCGCGAGUUUGGAGGCGAUGUUAUGCUCAUUUUAACUGUCAAUCCUUUGGAGGAGAAAGAAAAGGAGGAAUCUCUGAAAAAGGAGUUUGCUGCGAGAUUUCUUGAUCCAACAAACUUCUCAGAAAGAAAAUUCCGUGUAACUUCUUUGUUUUGGCAUUCCAUUGCCAAUUGUAGCGAUCAAGUUGAGUACGAGCAUAUCGGAGGAGCUCCCUAUAUUUACGAAACCCUAUUGGGCUGCCGUUUCCGAGUCUCACCAUCGGCAUUUUUCCAGACGAAUAGUCAAGCCGCACAAGUUUUAUAUACUACAAUUGGUAACUUUUGUCUAUAA